GUGGUAAAAUUAGCUGAUUGAGUUAUAGCGAGUUCUUGGGUUUUUGAGCUGCUCUGUUAUUUCUUUGAAUAGUGAAGAAUCGAUGGGUGUGGUCAAGUGUAUGGAAUUUUUGAGGAUCAAAUGCUGAUAUUCUGAUUUUUAAUCAACUGAAAUGAGCUAGAAGGGUACUUGUGAGGCAAGAAAAGACUAUAUUUGAUGCAAGCGUGCCAAUAUCAUAGCAGAUCCGGAAUGACGAAUACACUGUGCUGCCGGCCCAUUGGAAAGUUAGAGAACUGCUCUUUGCAACCGUGUCAGCCUAUAAAUCCCCACCACUUGAGCUACAAUAAUGGUAGUAACGGGAGCAACUACCCAGUUCAUAUUUCUCAAGAUCGAUAUUGUACGCUGGAGUCGUCGUCGUUGAGCGUCAAUUACACAGGACAUGACUCACCUUCGACUGUCAGUUUCUCGGCUAACGAGAGCUCAUUGUCCCAGCAAGAAUCUAUGUCACUCUGUAUGGACCCGCACCACUCCCCGGACACUAACUAUGGCUCGCCUAUUACUGGGCCACGGGUAACCGAAGACGUGAAUGAAUUAAAGCACAAGCUGAAAGAACUCGAGACGGUGAUGUUGGGCCCUGAUCUCGACUCUCUUGAAUAUUUUGAUGAUACCUUACCUAGCAGCAUAGCCUCGGCUGAAAUAGAGAGCUGGAGAGAUAUGAUGGUUGUCAUACCCAAAGGGGACUUGAAACGGGUACUUAGUGCCUGUGCAAUGGCAGUAUCAAAUGGUGAUUUGUUGACGGCACAAUGGCUGAUUUCUGAGUUACGUCAAAUAGUGUCGGUUUCUGGUGAACCGGUACAGCGUCUGGGAGCAUACAUGCUCGAAGGGCUCGUUGCCCGGCUGAGUGCUUCAGGAAGUUCAAUAUACAAAUCUUUGAAAUUCCAAGAACCUGCAAGUUUCGAACUUCUAUCUUAUAUGCACAUACUUUAUGAGGUCUGCCCUUAUUUCAAGUUCGGACACAUGUCAGCAAAUGGGGCCAUUGCAGAAGCUAUGAAGGACGAAGAACGUGUUCAUAUUAUCGAUUUCCAGAUAGGUCAGGGGAGCCAAUGGAUACCUCUAAUCCUGGCUUUUGCUGCGCGACCAGGAGGGCCGCCCCAUAUUCGGAUAACAGGAAUCGAUGACUUUAGAUCGAUCGUUGCACGUGGAGGAGGAUUGAGCAUUGUGGGACGGAGGUUAUCUAAGCUUGCUGAAGCCUUCAAAGUCCCUUUCCAAUUCCAUGGUGCAGCCAUGUCGGGCUGUGAGGUUCAAGUAAAAAAUCUAGGAAUUCGACCCGGUGAAGCACUAGCGGUGAAUUUUGCAUUCAUGCUACAGCACAUGCCUGAUGAAAGUGUGAGCACCGAAAAUCAUCGGGACAGGCUGUUGAGGAUGGUCAAAGGCCUUAAUCCGAAGGUGGUGACUUUAGUUGAGCAAGAAUUCAAUACAAACACUGCCGCAUUUUAUCCUCGAUUCUUGGAAGCAUUGGAUUAUUACACGGCUAUGUUUGAUUCCAUUGAUGCGACACUCCCAAGAGAACACAAGGAACGAAUAAAUGUCGAGCAGCAAUGCUUGGCAAGAGAGGUCGUUAACAUAAUAGCUUGUGAGGGAAAGGAGAGAGUGGAGAGGCAUGAGCCUCUUGGGAAGUGGAGAUCACGGCUAAAAAUGGCUGGUUUUAGUCCAUAUCCGUUGAGUUCUCUGGUCAAUGCUACAAUCAAAACUUUGCUUGAAAACUACUGCAGUAAGUACCGGGUUGAGGAAAGAGAUGGCGCUUUAUAUCUUGGUUGGAUGAACAGAGAUUUGGUUGCUUCUUGUGCCUGGAAGUGAGCAUUUGCUGCAGGAUUAGAGGCAUGGGUUCAGUUUGAACUCACAAUUGCCCUGAUUCUCCUUUUCUUUCCAGCAAUCAGUUACUCCUUCACAAGUCUACUCCAUUACCGAAAAAAAAACCCAAAUAGUUACACAGUCAUCUAUACUACUGUUUAAGAUCAAGUGUUUGCUUUUAGCAUAAAAGCAAUAGCCAGAACUCGAUGCGCAAGUUUACUUUUUUAUAUACUUGGCUGCUUUUAGCAUAAAAGCAAUAGCCAGAACUCGAUGCGCAAGUUUACUUUUUUAUAUACUUGGCUGAGCAAAGCACUGUAUUACACAACGACCCGUAUGAAAUGGUUGUCCUGCAAGCCAGCAUAAUUUGGGAA